AUAAUUAUAAAUAAAAGAAAAUACUGAAAAAACAUUAAAACAUAAUACAUGCGAUGAAUAACAAAUAAAUGAAAAAUAUAAGGAAUAAAUAGAUAAUCUUCCUCCCCCAAUCAUCUCAUUAUAGACUGUUCAAAAAGAUGAAAAUAUAUAAAAUUAAAAAUUAAUCAUUGAACAAGAAGAAGAAUAAUAAUCCAAAAGUGAACUCGAACAAAAUUAUUCGCGGAAAAACGAAAACUCUUUUUUCGAAAUAAUAAAAGAAACAGAAAAACAAUCAGAAAACACAAACGAAAAUAAUAUAUGUGAAAAAAGGGAAAAACGUGAACCAUAUGUAUUUAAAAGUGGAGCCAUAUAUGAUGGCGAAUGGAAAGGUAGUAUGAGAGACGGUUUCGGAAUAUAAAAAUGGGUUGACGGUGCAAAAUACGAAGGAUAAUGGUAAAACAAUAAAGCGCAUGGAAAAGGUAAAUUCUAUCAUGUUGAUGGUGAUAUAUUCGAAGGCGAAUGGUAUUAAGAUAAAGCUAAUGGAUAUGGUAUAUAUGUACAUGUAAAUGGUGCAAAAUAUGAGGGAUAUUGGAAAGAUGAUCUAUAACAUGGACAUGGAAUAGAAACAUGGAAAGAUAAUUCUAAAUAUGAAGGAGAAUAUGUAAAUGGAAAAAAAGAAGGCCAUGGUGUUUAUAUAUGGGCAGAUUGUUCAAAAUAUGUUGGUGAAUGGCAUGAUAAUAAAAUACGCGGAAAAGGUAUGUAUUAAUGGUCAGAUGGAAGAUAAUAUGAUGGUGAAUGGUUAAACAACAAUAUGCAUGGUUAGGGUAAAUAUACAUGGAAAGAUGGUAGAUCUUAUGAAGGAUAAUACUUUAAUGAUAAAAAAUAAGGUUACGGAGUUUAUAGUUGGGCAGAUAAUAGAAGAUAUAAAGGUGAAUGGAAAAAUGGGAAAUAACACGGAAAAGGACGAUAUGUUUUAACUGAUGGAACUAUUAAAAACGGGAUAUGGGAAGAUGGGAAAAGAAUAUAAUGGAUAGAUGAAUAAGAUGAAAAAGAAUAAGAAUAAACAUGA